AUGUUAAAAGCCAUGGUCAAAUUAAAUCCCCAUACUCUAGUAGAGAACAAUUUGUGUAUUUAUGAAGCAGCAACAACAAAAAAAGCUGUCAUCAAACAACAAAAUACAAAGGUUUCACCACAAAAGUCAGCCUAUGCCUAUUUCGCAUCAUUGAAACCAAAACGUUCAUGUUCCGGUCCCUCUUGUCCAUUUUGGGAAAAACAUGGACGCUCAUUUGCUGCUGUACAAUGUUAUCAAAGAGAAUAUCAACAGUGUACCUGUUACCAUCGAAUGUGCUUUGGUAGUUGUAUGUUUUCACGGGCCAUGUGUAACGCGGAAAUGGUGGAUUGUCUAAAAGAAAUUUGUCGAACAUGUAUGCCACCAUCGGACAUAGACAUGUGCGCCGUUUAUGAUUCAGUAGCACAAGGUGUUGCCAAUGCAUUAUCUAUGUUUGCUUGCUAUGCAUGUUGUCCAAUAUCGACGAUGAAUGUAAUCCAAAAUUCCACUAAUAACCGCCCAACAACUAAUAAUCAAGCACAAAAUACCGCUAACAACCGACCACCAAAUGCCAGUAAUAACCAAGCACAAAAUACCGCUAACAACCGACCACCAAAUGCCAAUAAUAACCAAGCACAAAAUACCGCUAACAACCGACCACCAAACACCAAUAAUAAUCAAGCACAAAAUACCGCUAACAACCGACCAACAAACACCAAUACCAACCAAGCACAAAAUACCGUUAACAACCGACCACCAAAUGCUAAUAAUAAUCAAGCACAAAAUACCGCUAACAACCGACCACCAAACACCAAUACCAACCAAGCACAAAAUACCGUUAACAACCGACCACCAAAUGCUAAUAAUAACCAAGCACAAAAUACCGUUAACAACCGACCAUCAAACACCAAUACCAAUCAAGCACAAAAUACCGUUAACAACCGACCACCAAAUGCUAAUAAUAAUCAAGCACAAAAUACCGCUAACAACCGACCAUCAAACACCAAUACCAACCAAGCACAAAAUACCGUUAACAACCGACCAUCAAACACCAAUACCAAUCAAGCACAAAAUACCGUUAACAACCGACCACCAAAUGCUAAUAAUAACCAAGCACAAAAUACCGUUAACAACCGACCAACAAACACCAAUACCAAUCAAGCACAAAAUACCGUUAACAAUCGACCACCAAAUGCGGUACAAAACGGUCAAAAUGGAUUAACUAAUAGUGGCGUCGGUUCCAGUAAUAAUAUCAAUCAAGGACCAACGCAACUUCGUAGUGCUGUUGUUAAGCCCAAUCAAGUGAAAGCUAAAGCGACAACAACAAAAAAAUCAUCAAUAAAAACUAAGACGACGACAAAACGUGUUGCACAAAAAAACAAACAAGUUAAAAACUAA